UCCCCGCUGAGUGUCUGAGCAGAAGGAGCCGCUGGUUUCCGCUCCGCUGAUGGUGAAUCGCUGCUCCUGCGGUAUCGGGAGGAGGUUUACAGUCCGCAGUGGAAGCGCAGCGGUACAUCAGAAUUCAGCUUUAACGUUUUCUCGUCGAGUCGCGUCCACGGAGGAACUACUGAAAGAGGAGGGUAGGCAGGAAGGGACGAUAGCAGGAAGAUGGCGGCGGCGGCGGCGGCCUCGCCAGGUUCGCCGGACUGGGUCGUACUGAGGGACGGCUGUCUUCGCUGCGACGAGGAGGGCCUGCGGAGCCUGUCUUAUCACCCGGCCCUUAACGUUAUCCUGGCUGUCACCAGCCGGGGUAGCAUCAAAGUCAUCGACGGCACCUCCGGGGCUAUUUUACAGGCCUCAGCUUUGCACGCUAAACCCGGGGGCCGGGUGAGGUGUCAGUACUUCCCAGCAGUGGAUAAGGUGCUGUUUGUGGACGAUUAUGCAGUUGGCUGCAGGAAGGACUUAAAUGGGAUCCUUCUUCUGGACACGGCCCUUCAGGCUCCUGUGUCCAAGCCUGCAGACAUGGUGCAACUGGAGCUGCCCGUGACCGAGGCCCAGCAGAUGUUAUAUGCGUGUCUGGAGAAGGUGGAUGUUUCUUAUAUGGAGGGCUACGAUCUCUUUCUCGCGCAGCUUAAGGAAGGCCUGGAGAAUACCUCACAUGAGACGGCAGCCAAUCACAAAGUGGCAAAGUGGGCAACAGUGACCUUUCAUCUCCCUUAUCAUGCACUGAAGGGAAUCACGAAUGCCAUCGUGAAUGAGCUGAAGAAGUUAAAUCAGAAUGUGGCAGCUCUCUCUGUCGCCUCUUUGGUCAUGGACAGACUCUCCUACCUCUUACCAAGUGGCAGGCCAGAACUGGGUGUCGGACCUGGGCGAUCAGUAGACAGGUCUUUGAUGUACAGUGAAGCUAACAGGAGGGAAACGUUCACAUCCUGGCCUCAUUCCACCUACAGGUGGGCUCAGCCUGAUCCAAUGGCUCAAGCGGGCUUUUAUCACCAGCCUGCAACCACAGGUGAUGAUCGGGCCAUGUGCUUUACUUGCAGCGUGUGUUUGGUGUGCUGGGAGCCUACAGAUGAGCCUUGGUCUGAGCAUGAGCGCCAUUCGCCCAACUGUCCGUUCGUAAAAGGAGAGCACACCCAAAAUGUUCCGCUCUCCGUCACCUUGGCCACCAGCCCUGCCCAGUUCCCCAGCGCAGAUGGGUCGGAUAAGAUCGUGUGCUACGGGUUCGGUAGCUGCCCUCAUUUUCUUGCUACAGCAACCAAGAGGGGGAAAAUUUGCAUAUGGGACGUUUCCAAGCUCAUGAAGGUGCAUUUAAAGUUUGACGUGAACCCAUAUGACCCAGCCAUCCUGAGACAGCUGAUUCUGUCUGGCAGUGAACAGCAGAGCGUCACGGGCACAGAAUCACGCAGACCCACGCUCUCCUGGCUUGAGGAGGCCUCUUGCUGCUCUGACUUACCCAAACUAGAAGGGGACAGUGAUGACCAGAUAGAGGAUUCGGAUAGUGAAGAGCCUUCCAGAUCAGAGUCGGUCACUGGCCCGCUGGGUCAGAAGGAGACAAUGGAGGUGAGUCUGGGAGUUACAGCCCUCAGUGUCCUUCAACAGCCUGAGAAGUUGCAAUGGGAGGUGGUGGCCAGUGUGUUGGAGGACACGGUUAAAGACCUAGAGGAGCUGGGCGCCAACCCUCCUCAUUCACUGGGCCCCCCUAAGGCCGACAAGGCCAAGGACAGGACAGCCGAACACCACAACAUUCCCUUCCCCUGCCUGCUGGCCGGAGGACUGCUAAGCUACCGGUCAGCGGCUAGUUCUCCACUAGGCCCCCCUCCGUCUCGGCGCUCUAUGGAUAGCCCAGUAAGGAGUGCUGCCCCAGAGGGGCUUACUCCAGACCAGGGUCCCAUGGAGAUCGAGUCCUGUAAUCCCCCCACAGACUUGGGCUCCCCCAACCCACCACCAGCCACACCUGUGCAUAGGACUAUGCCUGUACUACUCCUGUACAGCAUUAAAGAAGCAGACGAGAAGUCCUCAGGGAAGGUUUUCACCCAGAUGAACAACUUGAUGAGCAAAGGGCUUCACGAAGAAGGUUUUACCGUCCCGCAGAUCAUCGAGAUGGAGUUCGACACGCACGAACAGCUUCUGCUGCAGGACCCUCCCAUUACGUACAUUCAGCAGUUUGCUGACGCGGCAGCCGGACUCGGGCCGCUGGAUGGGGAAAAGUGGAGCUCGUUGGCUCCACGGCCGGGUUCUCUAGUGCAGUGUUUGCGGUUACCCAAAGCCUUGGAGGAUGAGAACCUGUAUGUGGACUCCAUUACACCUUGCAGCGAUGGUUUGCACUUGUUAGUCGGACUUCAGCCGUGCUCUGUUGAGUCUCUUAGCGCAAUCAAUCAGGUGGAGGUGUUAAACACCCUAAACCGUCUGCACUCGGCCCUCUGCGGACAUCGCAAGGGACAGACAUUGGCCAACGGCCACGACGCCCACUCGGGCACCUCCCCUCCACAGACCCCCCUUAUCCUGCCUCCCCAUGACCAGCAACAGCCCCAUACUUCCAGGCCUCUAGGGGGCAGUGGUAGUGGCGGAUACCUUGCACUCUACAAGUUGAACUACUCCACCCGCAUCGUGACCUUGGAGGAGGAACCGGUGAAGGUGCAGCAGAUCCGUGACCCCCGGGAUGCUGUCACAUCACUUCUUCUCCUGCCGCCAGACGUGCUGGACAGCAGAGAGGAUGAUGGAGAGGAGACUUCUGAGUCGACUACGCCCUCAGGGCUCAAAAAUGGCUUGGGGAUGGCUGCGUCCAUUGCGGCAGCUGCACCAAGCGUGGGAUCAGCUGUUGGUAAAGAAAAAAGAGGAGAGGUUACCGGACUUGGGCACCUAGUGGUGACCACACAGGCAGGGUACAUCAUGAUUCUGGACCUGUCUACCCUUGAGGUGCUGGCCAAGGUGGAGCCACCCAAGAAGGAAGGGACAGAAGAGUUGGACCCCUUUGUAUCUGUAACCUACUGCUCAGGCACCGACCGGCUGUGUGCCUGCACAAAAGGUGGAGAGCUUCAUUUCCUUCAAAUUGGAGGUGUAUGUGAUGAUAUCGAUGAUGCCGACAUUUUUGUCGACGGACCCCUGUCUAAUAGGGCGGAGCAACUACUGGACGGCGCAAAACCCACAUCUAAUCCCUCGAGCCCGGGUAUCACAGGAGUUGACCUCCUUGUGGACCAGCCCUUGACAGUACCGACUCUUUCAUCUCUCGUGGAACUAACGCGGUUUGAAACGCUGACGCCGCGCUUCUCAGCCACAGUGCCCCCUUGCUGGGUGGAGGUACAGCAGGAGCAGCAACAGCGACGUCAUCCGCAACACCUCCACCAACAGCAUCACGGCGACGCGGCACAACACACCCGCACAUGGAAACUACAGAGCGACAGCUCCAGCUGGGACGAGCAUGUUUUUGAACUGGUCCUUCCCAAAACCUGCAUGGUAGGACAUGUGGACUUCAAGUUUGUGCUGAACAGCAGUAUUACAAACAUCCCUCAGAUCCAGAUCACACUGCUGAAGAACAAGUCUCCAGGCCUGGGCAAAGUCAACGAGACGGCAGUGGACAGGCAGAUUGUCUUCCCUUUGUCUCAUGUCCUCAACUCCAACGGAGAGAAGAACGGACAGCCGCACCUGCACGAUUUCGCAGAGGACAUCCAGUUUAUGGACAUAGAAGAGUCACCAGGAUCCAGACUGUGUCCCUUCCUGCAGGAACAUAAGGACGAUAUCCUGUGUGGGCCGGUGUGGCUGUCCAGCGGACUAGAUCUGUCUGGGCACGCAGGGAUGCUGAGCCUUACCAGCCCCAAACUCCUUAAGGGCAUGGCGGGAGGCAAGUAUCGAUCGUUCUUGGUGCACAUCAAGGCAGUGAGUGAUAAGGGUCUGGAUGAGAGCUUGAGACCAGUGGUACGGAUGCCAUCAGUCAAACCCCAUAGCAGUAAAGCUCAUUCACUCUCGUCUCUGCUGCAGAGGUCCCAGGCCAACAAGGAGAAGGCUUCCACAUCUAAAUCAGAUCCUCAGGCUGCCCCCAAAAAGCCAGAUAACUUGCGGGGCUGUGACUUACUCCAGGAAGUGUCUGUCACAAUCAGGAGGUUUAGGAAAACGUCUAUACCCAAAGAACGAGUGCAACGCUGCGCGAUGCUUCAGUUUCCUGAGCUUCAUGAUAAGCUACUAAGAGGUUUGUGUAAGGGUGGAGAUGAAGGGCAGAGCUCAGAACACUGUCAGAGUCUCAUUCUGGACAUCCUCUGCUGGCUGGCGGGGGUCUACUCGAACGGACCCUGCAGUUUAAGAGAGGGGAAAGAGGGGCUUCUGACCAAAACCAGGAGACGGUUGACGGACAUCAUCAGGACGUGUUUUUUUGAGGCUGGGCGCAGUAUAGCUCAUAAAUGCUCUCGCUUUCUUGCACUUUGUAUAAGUACCGGUAAAGGAGAUCCCGGUCACCAAGGCUUUGGUCAGGCUCUGUUUAAAGCUCUUCUGGAUAACAUGACUUACUUGCCUGCUGCAGCCACAGGAGGAUCAGUCUUCUGGUACUUCGUCCUGUUAAAUUAUGUGAAAGAUGAGGACUUGGCUGGCUGCAGUACUGCUUGCGCAUCUCUGCUCACUGCUGUCUCUCACCAGCUGCAGGACCGCCUGACUCCGCUGGAGGCGCUGUUGCAGACCAGAUAUGGUCUGUACGGGUCUCCCUUUGACCCGGUGCUGUUUGACCUGGAGAUGAGUGGGUCUUCCUGUAAGAACGCCUUCAACAGCAGCAUUGGUGUCCAGUCAGACGAGAUCGACCUGUCCGACAUUCUCUCAGGUAACGGUAAGGUGAACAAUAACGGGGCGGCAGAGGGCAGUUUCACAGCUCUGACCGGCCUGUUGGAGGUCGAACCCCUGCACUUUACUUGCAUCUCCACCAGCGACGGCACCAGAGUUGAGAGGGAUGAUGCAAGUAUGUUCACUGUGAGCACGUUUGGUGUAACACCCACAGUGGCCGGGCUUUCUGCGGGAACUGUUGGCGAGGCAUCCACGGCCCUGAGCUCUGCUGCGCAGGUGGCCCUGCAGUCGCUGUCUCACGCCAUGGUGUCUGCUGAACAGCAGCUGCAAGUUCUUCAGGAGAAACAACAGCAGCUUCUGAAACUACAGCAGCAGAAAGCCAAGCUUGAGGCCAAACUUCACCAGACAACCUCAGCCGCGGCUACCGCUGCAUCCUGUGUCGUUAACUCAGUGCCGUCCAACCCGUCUUCCGGCCCAGGCUUCUUUAUCCACCCCUCAGACGUCAUCCCUCCCACCCCUAAAACCACCCCGCUGUUCAUGACGCCCCCUCUCACCCCACCAAACGAAGCCGUGUCAGCAGCCAUAAGCGUGGAACUGGCUCAGCUUUUCCCGGGGUCUGUCAUUGACCCUCCACCUGUGAACCUUUCAGCCCAUAAUAAAAACACACAGAAAACCAAACCGAACCCCAUAGGAAGUGGCCUGGUGUUGGCAAUCUCACAAGCCUCUCACUUUCUACAGCCUCCACCACACCAGUCCAUAAUAAUAGAGCGAAUGCAUUCAGGUGCAAGGCGCUUCGUAACCCUAGAUUUUGGAAGGCCGGUGUUGCUGACGGAUGUUCUGAUUCCCACCUGUGCUGACUUGGCCUCCCUUUCCAUUGAUAUCUGGACUCUUGGGGAGGAAGUGGAUGGGAGGCGACUCGUGGUCGCCACAGAUAUCAGCACACAUUCUCUGAUUCUACAUGAUCUGCUGCCCCCUCCAGUCUGCAGAUUCAUGAAGAUCACUGUGAUUGGGCGAUACGGCAGCACUAAUGCCCGGGCUAAAAUCCCAUUGGGUUUCUACUACGGCCACACCUACAUCCUACCGUGGGAGAGUGAACUGAAGCUAAUGCAUGAUCCACUGAGGGGUGAGAGUGAGGCCGCUAGCCAGCCAGAUCUAGACCAACAUCUGUCUAUGAUGGUGGCCCUACAGGAAGACAUUCAAUGCAGAUAUAAUCUGGCCUGUCAUCGCCUUGAGACGCUCCUCCAGAACAUCGACCUGCCGCCUCUCAACAGCGCCAACAACGCACAGUACUUCCUUCGUAAGCCUGACAAAGCCGUCGAAGAGGAUUCACGUGUGUUCUCUGCCUACCAAGACUGCAUUCAGCUGCAGUUACAGCUCAACCUGUCCCAUCAUGCCGUGCAAAGGUUGCGUGUUUCACUGGGGGCUACCCGUAAACACCUGCCAGAGAACUAUGACCCCAGAGAACUGGUCCAGAACUCCUCCACAGAGCAGCUCAGAACCAUCAUCAGAUACCUGUUAGAUACACUGCUCAGCCUGUUGCACAGCUGUAAUGGUCACUCUGUGCCCUCAGUGUUGCAGAACACAUUUCACGCCCAGGCAUGUGAAGAGCUCUUUAAGCAGCUGUGUAUCAGUGGAACUCCUAAGAUCCGCCUGCAUGCCGGGCUGCUGCUGGUUCAGCUCUGCGGAGGGGAGAGGUGGUGGGGUCAGUUCCUGUCCAACGUCCUUCAGGAGCUUUACAACUCUGAGCAGUCGCUCAUCUUCCCUCAGGACAGAGUCUUUAUGCUGCUGUCCUGUAUUGGCCAAAGAUCUCUGAGUAACAGUGGCGUUUUGGAGGGUUUGUUAAACCUUCUCGACUCACUGUUGUCACCUUUGCAACAGACUACUGCAGCACCACCUCGCAGGACAGAAGGUGUUUUGGAUAUUCCCAUGAUCAGUUGGGUGGUCAUGCUGGUUUCUCGACUGCUCGACUAUGUGGCCAGCGUGGAAGAUGAAGCCACCGCAGCUAAGAAACCUCUGGGUAGUAAAGACAGGGAGAGAUCCUUCACAGGGAACCAGUGGAGCUUCAUAAAUAACAGCCUGCAGUCCCAGAACCCAAACAGAUCGGCCAAAGGCAGCAACAGCAGUUUAGAUCGACUGUACUCACGCAAGAUUCGCAAACAGCUGGUCCACCACAAACAGCAGCUGAAUUUAUUGAAAGCCAAACAGAAAGCUUUAGUUGAGCAAAUCGAGAAAGAAAAAAUUCAGAGCAACAAAGGUUCCUCCUACAAGUUGCUGGUGGAACAGGCCAAACUCAAACAAGCCACGUCCAAGCACUUUAAGGAUCUGAUCCGGUUGAGACGGACGGCCGAAUGGCCGCGCUCCACCCUGGACUCUGAGGCGUCUGUGGCGAAAGAGACCCCUGAAGUGGAGCUUCUGCCUUUCACUUUAUCUCACGAGCGCUGUAUCUGUGUUGUGCAGAAGCUCGCUCUCUUCCUUCUCUCCAUGGACUUCACCUGCCAUGCAGACUUGCUGCUUUUUGUCUGCAAGGUGUUGGCCAGGAUAGCGAACGCCACUCGACCCACAAUCCACCUGUGUGAGGUGGUUUCAGAGCAGCAGCUGGAGAGAUUACUGCUGUUACUGGUUGGGACAGACUUCAACCGUGGGGACAUCUCUUGGGGCGGAGCCUGGGCCCAGUACUCUCUCACAUGCAUGCUGCAGGACAUCCUCUCAGGAGAGCUGUUGUCUCCAUUGUGUGUGGAUGGGAUGGAGGGAGCGGGGGCAGAUGAAGCUGGGGCCGCCUCUUCCUCUGUGGUGGUGGAUUCGGAUGACUCUCUCCCCCAGCCAACCCCCAUCCCCCUUGUGGAGACCAUUGAUGAGCCCCUAGGACCCGAUAUCAUCGCAGGUACUCCCGGGACAUCCUCUAUGUUCCAAAGUGCUCCACCACUGUCAUCUUUGGAAAAAGAUAAAGACAUAGACUUUGACUUGCUACAAGACUUGAUGGAUGUUGAUAUUGAUCCUUUAGAUAUUGAUUUGGAAAAAGAUCCACUCGCCGCCAAGGUUUUUAAGCCUAUCAGCAGUACCUGGUAUGAUUACUGGGGUACUGACUAUGGUUCAUACAGUUAUAACCCUUACACUGGGGGUGUGGGCAUACCUGUGUCUAAACCCCCCGCAGCUGCCACCGCAGAGAAACCUGGAUCUCAGAGCCUCUCUGUAUCUGUGUCACAAGCUCUGGAUGCUCGGCUAGAGGUUGGGUUAGAACAGCAGGCGGAGCUUAUGUUGAAGAUGAUGGCCACGCUGGAGGCAGAUGCCAUACUGCAGGCGUUAACAUCCACAUCUCCUUCAGUGGCUCAGUCUGCAAACGGGACAGACGAUUCUCUCUUGCGUGGGGGGUUCCACAGCUCUCCCACCAGCAGCGCUCUGAUGGUUCAACCCUCUUCCAUUCCCAUGCUGAGCACCUGCUUCAACAAGCUCUUCUCCUUGCUGCAAGUCCACCAUGUCCAGUUGGAGUCUUUGCUGCAGCUGUGGUUGACGCUUAGUUUGAGUUCUUGCUCCGGAGGGUCGGAGGAGAACGGCUCCGAUAUCUUCCUCUUUAAUGCCAGCAGAGCACCCACGAUCCCCCUUAACCAAGCCUCCAUCAGCAGCUUCCUGUCAGUGCUGGCCUGGUACCCAAACACCUCUCUAAGAACAUGGUGUCUCGUCCUGCAUAGUCUCACGCUUAUGACCAACAUGCCUGCCAGUGCCUCCAGCAGUGGGAUGGUUGUACAGGAGAGCACGGCCCAGCAGAUGGUGUCUGACCCCACGCUCGUGCACGUGCUUGUGCGCUUCUUGUCUGGAGGAAACCCACACGGCACCAGCCAGCACAGCUCACAGGUUGGUCCCACUGCCACACAAGCCUUGCAGGAAUUCUUAACCAGGUUGCAGGUGCACCUGACUUCAACAUGUCCCCAGAUGUUCAGCGAAUUCCUGCUCAAGCUGUUGCACAUCUUGUCCACUGAAAGGGGUCCUUUCCAGUCCGGUCAGGGUCCAUUAGAUGCCCAGGUGAAGCUUCUAGAAUUCACUCUGGAACAAAACUUCGAAGUGGUUUCUGUGACUACCAUCCUGGCCGUCAUCGAGUCCAUCACCUUCCUGGUUCACCACUACAUCACGUGUUCAGAGAAGGUGGUCUCGCGCAGUGGUUCAGACAGUUCUGUAGGUGCCCGUGCCUGUUUCGGGGGCCUGUUCGCCAACAUCAUCCGUCCUGGUGAUGCCAAGGCUGUGUGCGGCGAGACCACCCGUGACCAGCUGAUGUUUGACCUGCUAAAGCUGGUCAACGCCCUGGUGAUGCUCCCGCUGUCGGGAGAUCGUGAGUUUAGUGGGAGGUUGCCCCCAGCAAGCGGAGGCACGGACAGCGUCUCGGAUGAGGAGAAGGUGUGCGGAAGCAAAGAGGGCGGAGCUGCAGGUGCGGCGCAGCAUCAGGGACCGGCAGUGGGCGUGGCAGACCUGGUUUUGGCCAAUCAGCAGAUCAUGAGUCAGAUCUUGUCUGCUUUGGGACAAUGCAACAGCAGCGCCAUGGCUAUGAUUAUCGGGGCUAGUGGACUCCAUCUAACCAAACACGAGAACUUUCACGGUGGGUUGGAUGCCAUUUCAGUGGGCGACGGGCUCUUUACCAUCUUGACCACUCUGAGUAAAAGAGCCACAUCGGUCCAGGUCAUGCUGCAGCCUAUACUCACAUACAUGGCCUGUGGCUACAUGGGCCGACAGGGCUCUCUGUCCACAUGUCAGCUUUCUGAGCCUUUAUUGUGGUUUAUUCUGAGAGUGCUUGACACCAGCGAGGCCUUGAAAGCCUUCCACGACAUGGGUGGUGUGCAGCUCAUCUGUAAUAACAUGGUCACCAGCACCCGAGCCAUCGUAAACACCGCCCGUAGCAUGGUGUCCACCAUCAUGAAGUUCCUAGACUCCGGCCCCGGCAAAGCAGCAGAUGGCAGUCUGAAAGCACGGGUGCUCACCUCAGAACCAGACAACGCAGAGGGACUGCACAACUUUGCCCCUCUUGGCACCAUCACCUCUAGCAGUCCCACGGCGCAGCCGGCCGAAGUGCUUUUGCAGGCCACACCCCCACAUCGACGGGCUCGUUCUGCUGCUUGGUCGUACAUCUUCCUUCCAGAGGAGGCCUGGUGUGACCUCACCAUACACCUACCUGCUGCCGUUCUACUCAAAGAGAUUCACAUACAGCCACACCUGGCAUCUCUCGCCACAUGCCCAUCCUCAGUGUCUGUUGAGAUCAGUGCAGACGGUGUGAAUAUGCUCCCCCUGUCAACUCCAGUCAUCACCAGCGGUCUCACCUACAUCAAGUUCCAGCUGGUAAAGGCAGAGGUGGCAUCUGCCGUGUGUCUGCGACUGCACCGGCCGCGGGACGCCAGCACACUCGGCCUCUCACAGAUUAAACUACUGGGCCUGACUGCUUUUGGAAACACUUCCUCAGCUACUGUGAACAACCCCUUCCUGCCCUCCGAAGACCAGGUCUCCAAAACCAGCAUUGGUUGGCUGCGGUUGUUGCACCACUGCCUGACUCACGUGUCUGAUCUGGAGGCCAUGAUGGCCAGCGCCGCUGCUCCCACAGCGAACCUCCUGCAGACCUGCACCGCCCUCCUCAUGUCACCAUAUUGCGGAAUGCACUCGCCCAACAUUGAAGCCGUGCUGGUGAAGAUAGGCCUGCAGUCCACACGCAUAGGCCUCAAACUCAUCGACAUCUUGUUGCGUAACUGUGCCGCAUCCGGCACCGACCUAGCCAAUCUGAACAGUCCACUGCUCUUCGGGAGGUUAAAUGGCCUGUCAUCAGACUCAACUAUAGACAUCCUCUACCAGCUGGGCACCACUCAGGACCCUGGCACUAAAGACAGAAUCCAGACUCUGCUGCAGUGGGUGUACGACUCUUCACGCAUGGCGGCAAUGAAGCAGAGCUCUCCAUCGGGAUACGCGGGUCCUAGCGCUCCACCCUCACGAGAGUACGGCUUGCUCAUGCCGUCCCCAUCACACCUGCACUGCGUGGCAUCUGUCUUAUGGCACAGUUACGAGCUGCCUGUGGACUAUGACCUGCCCGGACUGCUCAACAGAGAGCUGUUUGAGUUGUUGUACAACUGGUCCAUGUCGUUGCCCUCUAACAUGGUUUUAAAGAAGGCCGUUGACAGUUUGCUGUGUUCCAUGUGCCACAUCCACCCCAGUUACUUUUCUCUUCUCAUGUCCUGGAUGGGCAUUGUGGCGCCCCCUGCUGACCAGACAAACGCGCAGCGCCGCAUGGCCAUGACAGACGACGGGAAAAAGCAGCACGAUCUAAACAGUGCCGCAUCUCUUACGGAUGACUCCAAACAUGCCCGUACUCCCAUAACUGUGCCCAUCACCCUCUCAGAGUGCCAGCUGGUGACCCUGGCUGCCGCGUCUCAGUCGCCCAGUGCCAUUCAGCAGCUGUUGGAUUCCGGUUUGCCUUCUCUGCUGGUUCGCAGCUUAGCCGAUCUUUGUUGCAGCCUUCUGGUCAACGGCAACCUCCCCUUGCCUUCUGGAAUUUCCGGGCAGACCGAGAGACGCCCGCACACGCACAACCAAACCUCAUCUGCAACAUCGAACAGGCCACCGCUGUCUCCUGAACUGGCAGCACCUAUGUUGCGAUUCUUAACAGAAGUAGGAAAUAGUCACACCAUGAAGGACUGGCUGGGCGGGCCAGAGGUUAACCCGCUCUGGACGGCGCUGCUGUUUCUUCUGUGUCACUCCAGUGCCAGUGGGGCUUCUCACACCAGCAGUAGCACCAGUGCUGGGCACGGGCCAUCACCUAGCACCUCACAUGCCAGCGCCCCAUCUCACACCUCGGGGGCGUCCUUCUCUCUGAGUUCAGCGAGCCGUAGCAGUGGACUGACCACCCAGCAGAGGACCGCUAUUGAGAACGCCACUGUUGCUUUCUUUUUACAGUGCAUCUCCUGCCAUCCAAACAACCAGAGGCUUAUGGCACAGGUUCUUUGUGAGCUGUUCCAGUCGGCUCCUCAGCGAGGGAACGUUCCGGUGUCAGGGAACAUCUCUGGAUUUAUACGUCGUCUCUUCCUGCAGCUCAUGCUGGAGGACGAGAAAGUGACCGUCUUCCUCCAGUCUCCCUGCCCGCUGUAUAAAGGGAGGAUUAACGCCACCAGUCAUGUGAUUCAGCAUCCGAUGUACGGAGCAGGCCACAAGUUCCGCAAACUGCAUCUGCCCAUUUCAACCACACUGUCUGAAGUAUUGGAUCGUGUCUCAGAUACACCCAGCAUCACGGCCAAACUGAUCAAUGAACAGAAGGAGGAUAAAGAGAAGAAAAACCAUGAGGAGAAAGAAAAGAUGAAGGCUGAUAAUGGUUUCCAGGAUAACUACAGUGUUGUUGUUGCCUCAGGUCUCAAGUCUCAGUCAAAAAGGGCCUUGUCCACCCCUCCUCGUCCCCCGUCUCGACGUGGGCGUGUCCUCAGCGACAAGCUGGCAGCUUCCUCGGGAGUCGAUCCGUCUGCCAAAACCAUAAGCGUGCCUGUCUUCCACCUCUGUCACAAACUACUGCCGGGUCAGCCGUUGCCGCCGGAGAUGACCUUGGCCCAGCUGCUGACGCUACUAUACGAGCGUAAACUUCCUCAGGGAUACCGCUCCAUUGACCUGACGGUCAAACUGGGGUCAAAGGUGAUCUCAGACCCCGGGCUCUCCAAAACCGAUUCCUUCAAAAGACUUCGUACAGAGAAAGAUCACUGUGAGAUGCUGAGUGGGUGUCCGGAUGAUGAACCGAUGACUCCGGGUGAGGAGGGUUUGGAUGCAGCUGUCGAUGACAGCCUACUGGAGACCAACUCCAUUCAGUCGCCCCUGCAGGUGUUUGCAGGUAUGGGUGGCCUGGCGCUUAUAGCAGAAAGACUUCCCAUGCUGUAUCCAGAUGUCAUCCAGCAGGUCAGCGCCCCCGUAGUGCCAUCCUCCACGCAGGAGAAGCCCAAGGACAGCGACCAGUUCGAGUGGGUCACCAUCGAGCAGUCCGGGGAACUCGUUUACGAGGCGCCCGAGACCAUCGCUGCUGAGCCCCCACCCAUCAAGUCCUCCGUUCAGACCAUGUCGCCCAUUCCCGCCCAUUCACUGGCGGCGUUUGGCCUGUUCUUGCGGCUGCCGGGAUACGCGGAGGUUCUGCUGAAGGAGAGGAAGCACGCACAGUGUCUUCUCCGACUGGUAUUGGGCGUCACGGACGAUGGCGAGGGAAGUCACAUCUUGCAGUCUCCCUCGGCUAACGUUCUACCCACGUUGCCUUUCCACGUGCUCCGGUCCUUGUUCAGUUCCACUCCGCUCACCACCGACGACGGGCUGUUGUUGAGACGUAUGGCUCUUGAGAUCGGUGCCAUCCACCUCAUCCUGGCCUGUCUGUCUGCCCUCAGCCACCACGCUCCCAGAGUGCCCAGCGGCAGCGCCAACUCCAGCGAGCAACAGGUCUCCAGCGGGCAUGUUGGUGGUACCACAGAGGAGCAGCAGCUGUACUGGGCUAAAGGAACAGGUUUUGGAACAGGCUCCACAGCAUCAGGCUGGGAUGUAGAGCAGGCUCUGACCAAACAGCGUCUGGAGGAGGAGCAUGUCACCUGUCUCUUACAGGUUUUGGCGAGCUACAUCAACCCCUCAGGAUGCGUGGGUUCAGGUGAGACCCUCUCUGGAGAGGUCAGAGGUCACAGCAGCUCCCUGCUGCCGUCUGUCCUACAGGAACUGCUCAGCCAAUCCUGUCUCAUCCCUGCCAUGUCGUCGUAUUUACGCAAUGACUCAGUUUUGGACAUGGCGCGUCACGUCCCCUUGUAUCGUGCUCUGUUGGAGCUGCUGAGGGCCAUUUCCACCUGCACCAGCCUGGUUCCUCUGCUCCUGCCGCUUUCAGGUGACGCUGCAGAGGAAGAGGAGGAUGAAGAACGGACGGAGUGUCAGACUUCUGUGGGCAUGUUGCUGGCCAAGAUGAAGACCUGCGUCGACACCUACACCAACCGCCUCAGGUCUAAGAAAGACAAAAGUAAAGGGGUUAUGAAGACCGAAACAUCUGACCCUGAGCCGGAGGGCCUGACCCUGCUGGUUCCUGACAUCCAGAAGACUGCAGAGAUUGUAUACGCAGCAACCACCAACCUACUACAAGCUAACCACGAGAGGAAGAUGGCAGAGAGCUGUAAGAAGGCAGCAGUGAGGCCCAAACCGCAGUCCAUCUUACGCUCGAUGGAGGAGAAAUACACAGCAGCCAUGAAGAAACUACAGUUUGACACGUUUGAGAUGGUGUGUGAAGAUGAGGAUUCUAAACUGGUGUUUAAGGUGAACUACCACUACCUGUCUCAGGUGAAGAAUGCCAGCGACGCCAACAGUGCCGCCCGCGCUCGACGAUUAGCGCAGGAAGCAGUCACGCUGUCCACCUCUCUCCCCCUCUCCUCAUCCUCUAGUGUUUUUGUCCGCUGCGAUGAAGAGCGCCUUGACAUCAUGAAGGUGUUGAUAACAGGACCCGCAGACACACCGUAUGCCAAUGGCUGCUUUGAAUUUGAUGUCUACUUCCCUCAAGAUUACCCAAACUCCCCUCCUCUGGUUAAUCUGGAGACGACAGGAGGCCACAGUGUCCGUUUCAAUCCAAACCUUUAUAAUGAUGGCAAGGUGUGUUUAAGCAUCCUGAACACCUGGCACGGACGUCCCGAGGAAAAAUGGAACCCUCAUACCUCUAGUUUUCUACAGGUGCUGGUAUCAAUCCAGUCUCUGAUCCUGGUAACCGAGCCGUACUUCAACGAGCCGGGUUAUGAGCGUUCCCGGGGCACGCCGAGCGGAACCCAGAGCUCCAGAGAGUACGAUGGAAACAUCCGGCAGGCUACAGUCAAGUGGGCAAUGCUAGAACAGAUUCGCAACCCUUCACCCUGCUUUAAAGAGGUGAUUCAUCGGCACUUCUAUCUGAAGCGAGCAGAGAUUAUAGCCCAGUGCGAGGGCUGGAUCUGUGAUAUUCAGCAGUACAGCAGUGAUAAGAGAGUGGGCCGAACCAUGUCUCACCACGCAGCUGCGCUGAAGAGACACACCGCUCAGCUCAAAGAGGAAUUGCUGAAACUGCCCUGUCCGGAAGGCCUGGAGCCAGAUGGGGAAGAGUUUUCUGAGAAGAGCGCCUCGCUCAUGGUCAAAGAGCUGCCCAGUCAAGACACUGAGAAGCAGACCGACAACCAAGACGCCCACUGUAGCGACGGCCAGCUAUGAUCCCUCCCCAUGAACCCCCGCCCACCGCCUUUGACUAUCCAUUGAUAUUGAAAAGACUGGAUGGCUUUGGUGAUUAAGCCAUCUUUUUGUCAAUAUUUGUAUGUAAGAAUCUAAUUAUGUAUUAGCUUAAAACGAGAGGACAGAGAAACAAAGAGACCGCAAAGAAAGGAAAAUUGCUUAAAACACCCAUCCACACAAGAACUGCUGAACUUUAUCCUGCGCCCCCAAAAGAAAACAAAGCAAACGAAAAAGUUAUUUUUAUUUGCCUGUAAAAGUGUCUCAACUUUUUUUGUGAUUUUGUUUCUUUAUUUUCCCAAAUUGUUAAAUAACCACUGAUCGAUAUGUUAUUAAACUUGUUGAAAGAUAAUGAUCACAGUAUAUAUAAGGGAACUGCCUUUAGUGGAGAAUGUUUACCAAAUGUUUUCUUUUUUUUGUCUUCUUUCUUUUAUUUGGGCUGCAAGGACAGUUGAAAGUGAGAAUAUACUGGUUAUACUUAAAGCAAAUUAUUUAAAAAAAAAGAACAAAACAAACACGCCCAUACCCACUCUGAUUACCCACAAUCCUCUGGUAUCCCUCUGCCAGUGCUUUGGUUUCUACAGACUUGUGUACACUUCAAUAAUAAAGCCUGAAACGGACGUUCAGAAGUUAUCUGGUGACUGGAUGCUCUCGUUCAGGCUGAUCAAUAGCACGUUUUAUUUUUGCCCUCUCUCUGCUUUUAAGUGCAAGUUUAAUAAAUGCAACCUGUUUUACUUUG